UGCAUCCGAAAUGUCUUUCAUCUCAGAAACGGCGAGCGCCCUCAAGAGCCGGUUCGGGUUCCACAACCACUCUUCCGACCCGGUCCGGAGCACUCCGGCCCCGGAGCUUCUCAUAUCCGCCGCCAAAGGGAGUUUCUCGGUUCGCCGCAUCGCCGGCUGGGAAGACGACGGCGACGACGAUGGAAACGUAGUCAGCGCCUCUACGACGUCCUCCAGUCAGAGCUUCGAGUUCAACGAAGACCCGUCCUUCUGGAAAGAUCACAACGUUCAGGUUAUUAUUCGAGUUCGGCCACUUAAUAGCAAUGAGAUAUCUGUGCAAGGCCAUGACAAAUGCAUUCGUCAAGAGAGCUCUCAGACGAUUACUUGGACCGGGCAUCCAGAGUCCCGGUUUACGUUUGACAUUGUUGCAGAUGAGAAUGUUACUCAGGAGCAAUUAUUCAAAGUGGCAGGAUUGCCGAUGGUGGACAACUGCAUGAUAGGCUACAACAGUUGCAUGUUUGCUUAUGGCCAAACUGGAAGUGGUAAGACCCACACAAUGCUUGGAGAUAUUGAAGGAGGCACGCGAAGACACAGUGUCAACUGUGGGAUGACACCUAGAGUAUUUGAGUACUUGUUUUCUAGAAUUCAAAAGGAAAAAGAGGCUGGCAAAGAUGAAAAGCUAAAGUUCAUAUGUAAAUGCUCAUUUUUAGAAAUAUACAAUGAACAUAUUCUAGAUCUUUUGGACCCAUUGUCAAACAACUUGCAGAUAAGAGAAGACAUAAAGAAAGGGGUUUACGUGGAAAAUCUCAAGGAGGUUGAAGUUACCAGUGCUCGAGAUGUCAUCCAACAACUUAUUCAAGGUGCUGCCAACAGAAAGGUAGCUGCUACUAAUAUGAAUCGCGCCAGUAGUAGGUCACAUAGUGUGUUUACGUGCAUCAUUGAAAGUAACAGAGAAUGCCAAGGAGUAACACACCAUCGGUUUGCUCGGCUUAAUCUUGUUGACUUAGCAGGAUCUGAAAGGCAGAAGAGUUCUGGUGCUGAAGGUGAACGGCUCAAGGAAGCUACCAAUAUCAACAAGUCUCUUUCAACAUUGGGACUUGUGAUUAUGAAUCUAGUAAAUAUGUCCAAUGGGAAGUCACUCCAUGUUCCAUACCGGGACUCAAAGCUAACAUUUUUGCUUCAGGAUUCUCUCGGUGGGAAUGCCAAGACAAUUAUUAUUGCAAAUAUUAGUCCUUCUAGCUGUUGUUCAUUGGAGACAUUGAGUACUUUGAAAUUUGCACAGCGUGCUAAAUUCAUCAAGAACAAUGCAAUUGUCAACGAGGAUGCAUCUGGAGAUGUUAUUGCCUUGAGAGUGCAAAUUCAUCAGCUCAAGAAAGAAGUAUCCCGCCUACGAGGCCUUGUGGGUGGAGGAAUUGAAAAUCAGGACAAUGAAACGUUAGCUGUAAGCUUUCCAGGGUCUCCAGGAUCUUUUAAGUGGGACGAACAUGGAUCUUUUAGUCCACUUGCUGCUGGUAAAAGAUCUCAGAAAAAGGACUAUGAAGUUGCCCUUGUUGGAGCUUUCAGGAGGGAAAAGGACAAAGACAAUGCACUGAAGGCGUUGGCUUUUGAAUGUCAGGCAGCUAUUCAGCUAGCCAAACAAAGAGAAGAUGAAAUACAGGGCCUGAAGAUGAGGCUUCGAUUUCGAGAGGCUGGCAUAAAAAGGUUGGAAAUGGUUGCCAGUGGAAAGAUAUCUGCUGAGACACACUUGCUGACGGAAAAGGAUGAACAUCUGAAGGAAAUAGAAGUACUGCGUUCUCAGGUUGAUAGAAGCCAAGAAGUGACUAGAUUUGCUAUGGAGAAUUUGCGGCUAAAAGAAGAAAUCAGAAGGUUGAAGUCAUUUUAUGAGGAAGGUGAGCGGGAGAUAAUGUCUGAACAAAUAAAGGUGCUACAGAACAAGUUGCUAGAAGCUCUCGAUUGGAAACUCAUGCAUGAAUCAGAGCUCUCCACGAUUCAGAAUACAAAUCCAGAUGUGCCGAUGGAAACUCAGCAUGAUGGUGAUGAUAAUUUUCUGAACACGAAACAGGAUAAAGCAUUACACUGGCAAGCUUCAAUCAAUGAGGAAAAUGAAUUUCUUCGUGUGCAGGCCAUUCAAAACCAAUCAGAAAUUGAUAACCUUCAUAGACAGCUUGAAGUCUGUCUUAUAGAGAAAGAGAAUUUAGAAAGGACUGUCAACGAUUUGAUGACAAGACUUGAAGAAGAGACAUGUAGAGCUCUGAAAGAUAGCACAAAUCAAGAUGAGCUUCCUUCCUUGUCAUCCGAUGUGCCUGUCAUGAAUGGUAGUGAUCAAGUGGAGCUUAAGGCAAUGGUUGAUGCAAUUUCUACUGCAAGCCAGAGAGAGGCCGAGGCUCAUGAGACAGCGAUAACACUUUCUAAAGAGAAUGAUGAACUGCGAAAGAAGCUAAAGGUUUUGAUUGAAGAUAAUAACAAGCUUAUUGAUUUAUUUGAAGGGGCCACUUCAGAGAAUAGCUAUAGAAAUUUUAACAAGUCUCAAUGCACUCAUGAUGGCACUGAAACUCAUAGUAAUACUGGUUUUGUUGAACUUGCUAAAGAAACAGAGGUUGAGAAAUUGAAGCAUCAGCUUGAUGAAAUGCAUGAAGAAAAUGAAAGACUUUUGGGUUUGUACGAAAGUGCCAUGAAGGAGAAGGAUGAACUCAAAAGAGCGCUUUCCUGUGGACAGAAAAGAGUUGCAGAUAACGAUAUUGAUACUAAUGAGAAGCUUGUUGAAAUUGAUGGAGGGAAACAAACAAGUACACCUCCUAUGAAUGUUGAGGUGAGGAACUUUAUCAGUGAAGGUGGAAUUCCUGGUUCUGAUGGAGAAGUAAAUACUCUGUUUGAGAAACCUACAUGGCAAGGAACACUAUCAAUUCAGGAAUAUGGUUUGUUUGCAGAAGAUGGACAUCAUGCAUCUGAUGAAGUGAAAAUGUGUACUGAAGAAGAAAGCGGUGGAUCAAGGGUUGUUGUUCAUGAUACUGAAAUUAUUUCAGGAGAUGAGGUUGAUGUGGGAAUUAAGUCUGACAUGGAGACGGUGACACCAUAUUUUACUACUCCCGAGAACAUUAAAGCAACAACCUGUACUGAAAGAUUCAUUCUGCAUGAUGCUGUAGUGGAUGUCGGAAAUGAUGUCGCUGCUGCUACUCAGUCUGACAUGGAAAUGGACACAUCAAAUUUCACUACUGUCAAUAAUACUGAAGUAGAGGUUGAUAUAGGAGGAACUCAGUCUGACAUGGAGCUGGACACACCUGGCCUUACUACAGCAAAGCUUUCAGAGGAUCUAAAUUUGGUCAGAAAGAAACUGGAAAGAGCAGACGAACAACUUAUAGAUUCUUCCAAAACUGUAGCCGCAUUUUCUUCCAUCGAGAAAGUAAUACUAGAGGUUGGUACACUCUCGAAAGAACUUGAUUUAAAGGAAGAUGAAAUUCAGUUCAAGCAACAGCAAUUGGAAUCCUAUAAGCUUGUCGCUUUGAAAACAAAAGAAAAAAGGACUGUGACUGACAAAAAGUUGUCUGCUCUCAAAUACUCCAUGUCCAACUUUUCUUCAUCAGUAUUUUACUUUGAGCAACGAGAGGCUCGGGCAAGAGCGAAGGUAACUGCUUCAUCAAAUUAUCUGGGCCAAAAGAAAGGGGAACUCAGCUGCCUACAAGCAGAGAUGGAUGAAAUAUCGGCUGCAAAGACAAGAAUGCAAGAAUCUGAAGUUGAAGUAAAGAACAUCCUGUCAUGCUUGAAGUCAAAACUGGAGGAAGAAAAUGAAAAGCAACAGACUGAUCAGGUUCUCUUUGCGAUAGAUAAUGUGGAACGGACAGAUACCUCACAGAAAAACUGGCAGUUGAGAGGUAAAGCUACAGAGUUGCUGAAGUCUGAGGAAGAGAAAACCAAGCUGCAAACUGAGAUGAAGCUCCAUCGAGAAAAACUUGUUGCUUUAAGAAAGGAUGUUGAGGAGCUGAACAGGAAAUUUGAAAAGGCAGAAAGUAAGAUGCUGGCUGUUCAAGUGGAGAUGCAGAGAGCUUUGAGGUCCGUGGAAGAGACAGAACUUCACCUCCAUGGUGUAACCAAGGAGAAGGAGAUGCUGUUAGAAGUAAGAGAUAAUGGAAAGAGUGAAAUCGAAGGUAUGAUACUCGAGUACCAGCAGCAUUGGUUUGAAUCAGAUUUGAAGGAAGGAGAGGUGGAGAUUUUGGAGGAAGAGUUGCACAUUGAGCUAAAGAAGAUGGUCCAGCUUCGUUUAUCAAGGGCUUCAGCGGCUGAGAAGGCAUCUCAAUUCUUAGACAAAAGAUCUGAUUCAUGUUUCUUAUCAGAGAAGAUUGAGGAAGAGCUACUAAGUGUAAGGGAAUAUGUUCUAGAGGCCAAGUCAUUGCUUGGGGAGGAAUAUUUAACCGUCAGUUGAAACCCUUGUCAACUGUCACCCCAAUUUACUGUAUUUCCACAAGAGAGGAAGCUUGGCUUCGUCACUUAUUUCUCCAAUUCUAUGUUGGUGGCCUCUCUUUUUUAUAACAUUGUGGCUAAAUGUUGGAGGUUAACACUACACGGGCACAUUUUGCGCUCCUUCCGUUAUUAACAGACAUGUUAUGAAAAAAUGUGAAUUGUAAUAACCUGAAUUUUCAUUCUUAAUUCAUGUAAUUUUUCGGAAAUUAUUUGAAUGUUGGUAUGUGAACAUUCUUAUUCUACAACUUUAAUAUAGUCCUUGUUC